AUGUUUUCUAUUGGAAAGAAUAUAAUAGAGGGAGCCUUGAAUACCACUGGAGAUCUUGCUGGCUCUGUUAUCAAUGCUGGAAGUAAUAUUGCAGAUCAAAUUUCCAAUAUUGGAGGAAAAAAAAUCAAAGGGAAAGUCAUUCUUAUGAGAAGCAAUGUUUUGGAUUUCACUGAAUUUCAUUCCACUCUUCUUGAUAACUUCACUGAACUCUUGGGCGGUGGUGUUUCUCUUCAACUCAUUAGUGCCACUCAAGCUUCACUUGACUCACGAGGCAAGGUUGGGAAGAAGGCAUUUUUGGAGAGGUGGAUAACUUCAAUCCCACCAUUGUUUGCUGGAGAAUCUGUGUUUCAAGUCAACUUUACAUGGGAAGAUAAUUUUGGAUUUCCAGGAGCUUUCUUCAUCCAAAAUGGACAUACAAGUGAAUUUUUUCUCAAAUCUCUAACACUUGAGGAUGUUCCUGGCUUUGGAAAUGUUCAUUUUGAUUGUAAUUCAUGGGUUUACCCCUCUGGAAGAUACAAGAAAGAUCGUAUUUUCUUUGUUAAUAAGACAUAUCUUCCAAGUGAGACACCAAAUCCUCUUCGUAAGUAUAGAGAGGAAGAAUUGUUGACCCUUAGAGGAGAUGGAACUGGAGAGCGCAAAGAAUGGGAUAGAAUUUAUGACUAUGAUGUCUAUAAUGACCUUUCCGAACCUGGUGAUGGGCGUCCUAUUCUUGGAGGGAGCCAAUUCCCUUACCCUCGUCGUGGAAGAACUGGACGACCACGAGAAAGAAAAGAUUCCAACUACGAGAGUAGAUUAUCAUUGAUAUCGGGAUUAAACAUUUAUGUACCAAGAGAAAAUUUUGGCCACUUGAAGUUAUCAGACUUUCUUGGAUUUGCUUUGAAAUCACUUGUUUCAAGCCAACCAGCGCUUGUAAACUUGGUAGAUUUUAGUCCAACAGAGUUUGAUAAAUUCCAAGAUGUUCAUAAUCUUUAUGAAGGAGGACUUCCUGUCCCAUUAGAUGUCUUUAGGAACCUCACUAAGGGUUUCACUCCACCCAUGUUCCAAGAACUUCUAAGGACCGACAAUGACCAACGCUUUCUCAAAUUUUCACCUCCACAAGUUGUUAAAGAGGACAAGUCUGCAUGGAAAACAGAUGAAGAAUUUGCAAGAGAAAUGCUAGCUGGAGUUAACCCUCUAAUCAUUCGUCGAAUUCCUCCCUUGAGCAAACUUGACCCCAAAAUCUAUGGUGAUCAAAAUAGCAGAAUUACUGAAGAAGACAUAAAGUUUGGGUUGGAUGGACUAACAGUUGAUGAGGCAUUGAAUCAGAAGAGGCUAUACAUAUUGGAUCACCAUGAUGCUCUAAUGCCAUAUCUUAGAAAAAUAAAUUCAACAAAAACAAAAACUUCAACAAGAACAUUGCUAUUUUUGAAAGAUGAUGGCACUUUGAAGCCAUUGGUGAUUGAAUUGAGUUUGCCACACCCUCAAGGUGAUCAAUUUGGUGCAAAUAGCAAACAAUAUUUUCCAGCUGAAGGAGGAGUUGAAAACUCAAUAUGGCAGUUAGCUAAAGCUUAUGUGGCUGUGAAUGAUGCUGGUUACCAUCAACUUAUCAGCCAUUGGUUGAAUACUCAUGCAGUACAAGAGCCAUUUGUGAUUGCAACACAUAGACAAUUGAGUGUGCUUCAUCCUAUUCAUAAAUUGCUUGUUCCUCAUUACAAAGACACUAUGUUUAUAAAUGCAUUUGCAAGGCAAGUCCUUGUUAACGCUGAUGGGUUACUUGAAGAAACUCAUUUUCAAUCAAGGUAUUCCAUGGAGUUAUCUUCUCACAUUUAUAAGGAAUGGAAUUUCCUUGAGCAAGCACUCCCCGCUAAUCUCAUUAAGAGAGGUGUAGCGGUUGGUGCAAGUUCUCCACAUGGACUUAAGUUACUCAUAGAGGAUUACCCAUUUGCUGUUGAUGGACUUGAGAUUUGGUCAACAAUCAAAACAUGGGUUACAAAUUAUUGCUCUCUAUACUACAAAGAUGAUAAAGCAAUCCAAAAUGACGUUGAACUCCAGUCCUGGUGGAAGGAGCUUAGAGAAAAAGGUCAUGCUGAUAAGAAAAAUGAAACAUGGUGGCCAAAGUUGCACUUCAAUGAACUAAUUGAAACAUGUACUAUCAUCAUAUGGAUUUCUUCAGCUUCUCAUGCCGCAGUUAACUUUGGACAAUAUCCUUAUGGAGGCUUAUUUCCAAAUAGACCAACUAUCAGUCGUAGGUUUAUACCCGAAGCAGGCAGUGCUGAGUACAAAGAACUCGAAUCAAAUCCUGAGAAGGUUUUCUUGAGAACAAUCAAUUCACAAAUUCAAACACUUCUUGGUGUUUCACUAAUUGAAAUCUUGUCAAGGCAUGCUUCUGAUGAGGUUUAUCUUGGACAAAGAGCCAGCAUUGAAUGGACUUCAGACAAAGCUGCAUUGGAAGUAUUUGAGAAUUUUGGAAAACACGUGUUUGAAGUCGAAAAUAGAAUUAUUGAAAGAAAUAAAGAUGUCAAUCUCAAAAAUAGAACUGGACCUGUUAAUGUGCCAUAUACUUUGCUUCUUCCAUCAAGUACUGAAGGCCUCACUGGUAGAGGAAUUCCAAACAGCAUCUCUAUUUGA